GGGUUUUAUCUGAACAGAUAACAAGAACUAGGAGGGAUGGGAAAACCAAGCAGAGUGAACCAAACUGCUGUUUCAGACUUCCUCCUUCUUGGACUCUCUGAGAAGCUAGAGGAGCAACCUCUCCUAUUCGGCGUCUUCCUGGGCAUGUACCUGGUCACCAUGACAGGGAACCUGCUCAUCAUCCUGGCCAUCAGCUCUGACCCACACCUUCAUACUCCCAUGUACUUCUUCCUGGCCAACCUAUCAUUAACUGAUGCCUGUUUCACUUCUGCUUCAAUCCCUAAAAUGCUGGCCAACAUUCAUACCCAGAGUCGGACCAUCUCCUAUUCUGGGUGCCUUGCACAGCUGUAUUUCCUCCUUAUGUUUGGUGGCCUUGACAACUGCCUGCUGGCUGUGGUGGCAUAUGACCGCUAUGUGGCCAUCUGCCAGCCACUCCAUUACAGCACGGCUAUGAGUCCCCAACUCUGUGUACUAAUGCUGGUCAUGUGCUGGAUGCUAACCAACUGCCCUGCACUGAUGCACACACUGCAGCUGACCCGUGUGGCCUUCUGUGCCCACAAGGCCAUCCCUCACUUUUACUGUGAUCCCAGUGCUCUACUGAAGCUGGCCUGCUCCGAUACCCACAUUAAUGAGCUGAUGAUCAUCACCGUGGGCCUAAUGUUCCUCACUGUUCCCCUCAUGCUGAUUGUCCUCUCCUAUGUCCGCAUUUCCUGGGCUGUGUUUGGCAUCUCAUCUCCCGGAGGGCAGUGGAAAGCCUUCUCUACCUGUGGUUCCCACCUCACAGUGGUCCUGCUCUUCUAUGGGUCUCUCAUGGGUGUUUAUUUACUUCCUCCAUCAACUCACUCUGCAGAGAGUGAAAGUAGAGCUGCCAUUCUCUACAUGGUGAUUAUCCCCAUGCUAAAUCCAUUCAUCUAUAGCUUGAGGAACAGAGACAGGAAGGAGGCCUUGGGUAAACUAUUCGGUAAUGGAAAAAUGUUUUUCUUACCAUGA